GCAGACUCCCUCCCUCCAUGAGACAAUCUCAACUCGCUCCCGUCCACUUCCUGUACUUCAUAUGCAACCGCGUGGUGAGGUGCAUGCACGGCACAUGGUACAAAAUGAGACUCACUUACAUGCCGGACAUUGUCCGCAACUUCUUGACGAAACCUUCCAGUGUUUCACUAGCCAUGGCCGUCUUCCUCUUCCUGGGUUGAUGCCCGGCUUGUAGCUGAUCAAGGACUGAUGUUGGAGUGUUGGAGUGUUGGCGCGGGACCGAUAUGCGGGCCUCUACCAAUGUUCUUGCACGGGUGAUGCUAGAUAUCGCAUGCUCACUGCUGAGACCGUUGUGACCAGCAUGAUCUAGGCAGAGUCCAGGUCAGGAGAACAGGUCCUUGAGAGAAAAUGGCUGCCGUAUCUCUGCGGGUUAAUACUCACCCUGCUGGUACAUUUGUAAUGUACCUUUCUUUACUGGUGGUGGCAUCUGCCAGUCUGUUUUAUACAUGAGACCAAGGAAGGCGCCAAAUUGCUCUCGAUGUGGCUGGCUCCUGCCAGUUCAUUUCGUGCUCGGCUCUUUUCAGAUUUCUCCUUAUGAUUUUUCAUUCUACUACUUCACGAUUAUUUUUAAACAAGUCUUCACUGUUUUGGGGUAGUUGAGGAGCUUAUCGUGACGUAAUCUUCUAAGAUGCGGCAGAUUUCUUUCGGGGUCUUCUUAACAGCGUUCGCCCUGGUCCGAUUCGCAGUUUCGUCCCCAGUACUUCACAAAGAGUAUAUCCGUUCACAGAAGAACGCGGAUAGAGCACAGGAGGUUAAAGACGCAUUUGAAUUUGCUUGGAAUGGCUACAUGGAAUAUGCGUUUCCUCAGGAUGAACUGCGCCCGGUCUCUAACACUGCAAGCAACUCACGAAAUGGCUGGGGUGCUUCAGCCGUCGAUGCCCUUUCCACCGCGAUUAUAAUGGAUAGCCCCGACAUUGUCAAGACGAUUCUAGCGCAUAUCGCGAAGCUUGACUAUUCGAAAACGGACACACAAGUUAGUUUGUUUGAGACCACAAUACGCUAUUUGGGGGGAAUGCUUUCAGGCUAUGAUUUAUUGAGCGAGAAUGAUAUGGGUCAAAACCCUGACCAUAUCGACUCGCUCCUAGCCCAAUCUCAAAAUUUAGCAGAUAUCAUGAAAUACGCGUUUGACACUCCAACCGGUAUCCCGUCGAAUAAUCUGCGCAUAAACAACAAGACGAUGGAUGGCAGGACCUCGAGUGGGAUUGCGGAGGCUGGAACUCUGAUACUCGAAUGGAUGCACUUGUCCGAUCUUACUGGUGAACCAGAGUAUGGCGAACUCGUCGCGAAAGGCGAAUCUUAUCUCCUUCACCCGAAGCCACCAGCGACCGAGCCUUUUCCCGGUCUUAUCGGUUCAGAUAUCAACACAACCACUGGAUAUUUUGUGAAUGCAGAUGUCAGUUGGGGUGGAGGUGCCGAUUCAUUCUAUGAAUAUUUAAUCAAGAUGUUUGUUUAUGAUGAGACUCGGUUUGAACUCUACCGAGACAGAUGGGUUCUCGCGAUUGAAUCGUCGAUUGAACAUUUGAAAUCUACGAUAUCUUCGAACCACGGCGAAUAUACUUAUCUAGCUGGGUUUAGGAACGGCAAACUUGACUUUACUUCCCAGCAUCUAACUUGCUUCAAUGGCGGCAACUUCCUUCUUGGUGGUCAAGUUCUUUGUCGCCAAGAUUUUAUCGACUUUGGCUUAGAGCUCGUCAAGGGUUGUUAUCACUCGUAUCAUUCAACCGCUACAGGAAUCGGUCCAGAAGGGUUCGGUUGGGACCCGAAGAAGGUACCGGACGACCAAAGAAAGCUUUUCGAGGAGGAGGGGUUUUAUAUUACCCACAGCAAUUAUAACCUCAGACCUGAGGUUAUUGAAAGCUACUAUUAUGCGUACAGAGUGACUGGAGACCCCAUGUACCAGGAAUGGGUAUGGGAAGCCUUCGAAGCGGUUCGCAAGAUUUGCCGAACGGAGUCUGGCUUUACCUCAAUUGGCGAUGUAAAUAGUCCAACUGGUGGCAGAAAGUUAGAUUUCCAAGAAAGCUUUCUCUUCGCUGAGGUCUUGAAAUAUGCCUACUUGGCAUUUGCUCCGGAAGCAGAUUGGCAAGUAGCCGGCAAGGGAAAGAACAAGUGGGUUUACACUACCGAAGCCCACCCUUUAAAGGUCCUGACGAAAGCAUAGACUUGACCAAGAGGAGGAGGGCUCUCUGUACGGAGGUAGAGGACAAAAUGUAAUAUUUUCUUCUUAAACAAGUGCCUAUGUAUGCAGGUUGCAACACAGCUGCUGUUUCAUGGGUUUUAUUUUCUCAUACCCAACUCCUAAACUUGCGGGAAUUCGGGAGACACACUUUUUGCCAUUUUCUUUCUUGGUUAUUUGAAGUAUGGGUGGAGUACAUUAAAACAUCAUGCUUCAUGGAUUGCUUUGCAGUGCAUUUGGAACAGAAGCACCAAACUGGAUGAAUUAUGUUUAUGAAGUAAAAUGGGAGAAUUCCUGCCCAAAGCUUAAUAGUUUUUGAAGUAGUAGUGUUCUAAUGGACAGCUACCUUCUAGUCUUAAUUCUCUUAAUAUAAACCCUAGUUUAGAGGAGAGAGAUAGAUACCUUAUCAACGUAGGCUCGGCAGUUGUAAUGAGUCGCUCCAUUGCUG